AUGGAAAAUGGCAAUUGGAUUAUUUUGGAUAACAGUAAUUGUGCAUGUGGAAAUGUUGUUGAAGACCUCAAUCCAUUAGCUGAAGCCGAACCAACAUUAACAUUAUAUAAAUCAGCAACAUCUCGGCAAUAUUGUCACGAUAACGGGAAUACACAAAAUAAUCUUAAAGAUUAUAUUCAAAUUGUUGUUCCUUUAUUUUCAUCACUUCGAAAAUCUAUUAUUCAUAAUGAUACUCAUGAUUAUAAUAUAAUUAUUAUUGAUGAAGAUAAUAUUGGUGCAAUUGAUUUUGGACAUAUGUGCCAAGCAUUUCUUAUAAGUGAAGUUGCUAUAGCAUGUAUCUAUAUUAUGUUAAAUAAACAAGAUCCAAUUGAUUCAGCAACAAAUCUUAUUCGUGGUUAUAAUCAACUAAACAAAUUUGAAGAUAUUGAAAUUGAUUUAAUUUAUCAUUCUAUUUGUGUUCGACUUGCAAUGAGUGUAACUAUAUGUACUCAUCAAAAAUAA